AUGCAUCGUAUUCUGCAGAGGAGGCGAGUGCGCAAGCUGCGGGUCGUCUGGGCUUCUCUGGCCCUGGUGGCUCUGUCCCUGGCCGCAUGCAGUGCGCUGUUUACGGCGUGGACUUGGCGAGAAACGCGGGAUCUGUCUCAGUCCUUUAAGAUCCUACAGGACCGACUGGAGCAGGUCAACACACAGAGGAAGGCCAUUGUUCAGCUCAUUCUGGAGAAGAGAGAGCUGUUGGUGGGGCAGAGAGUGAAGAGAGAUGGGGGGGCGGCGCGAGGGAGGAAUGGAAAUGGAAAGAAAGCGGCGUCUCAUUUUGAGAUAACCAAAGUCUCCUCUCAGCAAGUGGGAGAGGGUGGUGUGAUAAAGGGCUGGGAAGAAAGGAUGCUGAAUAUGAGUAAAGCAGUGAGGUACAACAAGGAACAAGGCACCUUCACUGUGGAGAAAACGGGCGUCUACUUCCUGUUCUGCCAGGUGUUGUUUAAUGAACAGCAAUCUCAGUAUGUGAAGCUGGAUGUGGUGACCAGCGGACAGAGGCCUCAGAAGCUGCAAUGUAUGGAGGGCUAUGGGACGACCCCCUCUGCCGGGCCACACCCUUUCCACUUCCUGAAGCCCUGCCAGGUGUCCGGCCUCCUGCGACUGGACAAAGGCACUGAGCUGCAGGCCAUCACAGGCCCGUCCUUCAGACUCCAAUCUUUGGGCAACCCCUCAGCCUCGCCUCACGUGUUCAGCAUCUUUAAAGUCAACUGAAGUCUGGGAUCGUUUUGUACACAAACUCAUCUGAGAACAACACUUGUUUUUGUAUGGAUGAGAUUCUUUUCUACACGGUAAAACAGUCAUAAGCAGUCGUGGGCAUCACAUCGUGCCACAGCCUCUUCCCAAAGACGUUUAUUUGAAAGACAAACCUGACAUUUGUGGAAGUUGUUGUGGAAUUUUUUUCUGGACAGCAGUGCUGUUUUGGAAUGCAAAAAACAGACUUUUGGAUUAAAACAAGACCCAAAGUGGACGAAAUGCCUCGAUGAAUGUGUGCCGAGAGAACAGAUGUGAUGGAAGCUGUUCUGUAGAUAAAUGGCUUCAUAUAAAAAGAAAAAAUACUUGGAUGUUCAUCUUAGCCUUCGUAUCAUGUAAUAAAUUGUGCUUACCCUCUCUUUAUAAGACUGACAGUAAAGCUGUGCAUGCACCUUCCACUUUUGUAACACCGGUGCCUCAAGAAGCUGAGAGCACGUCUGCAAGCAUCAGAUCUCAACACUAUCAGCAGCCUACAUGAGUUGUCAAUGAUAUUUUAUAUAAUGCAGUGUCUGUGCAUGUAUGUGAAAUUUAAUGAAUCAAACAAGUCUUGAUUAUACUGAUUUUAUGAUCUUUACAAUGCAAUGUGUGUGGAAGUACUGCAAGCUUUUUCUUUUAAAUACGUUGUAUAUACUUUACACAUAUUUUUAUAUAUGUGCAUAUCAAGUCAGGAGCUGGCAAAGAAAAGGGAACAUUUUAAAUAACAUGGAUGUGAAUUUGUGCUCUUUUGUGCGGUCAGAUUUGUAAGGUAUUUUCAUGUACCGUUUUGGCUUUACAGUUGGAAAUUAGUUGGAAGUUAUAGUAAUCAGCGCGUACAACUUUAAAUACAGCAAAGUUUCAGCAUAUUUUCGGCCUUUGUUAUCUGUAUGAUGACUCGAUAAUCACUUUCAACUCAUCUUGUAAAUCAUCAAAUAAUUGUCACCUUACCAUUAAGAGUAAUUAAAUAAUAUUGGGGAGGCCCCCACACAUCCAAAGCUAUAGCUAUAAGCUAAGUAAAAGUUGGUAUUAAAUAUCACAGAGAUGUUUAAUUAAAAAAAGAAAAUUGUCUGGUAUUUUCUGAUUUUGUGACUAAUAGAGCGUCAGGAAAAGUCUUAAUACCAGCAUAGUAUUAAGAAAAGUCUUGAUAUAAGCCUAUUGCAAAACAAGAGGAAAGGUGCUGUUUAAUAAGCACCAGUCUGAUGUAUACUGAUGGAAAUUUAUACAAAUAAAUUACUCACUGAGCUAAAUGAUAACUUCCAGGUGCUAGCAUACUCACAAAGACACUAUUACCAUGCUGAUGUGUAGCAGGUAUCAUGUUUACCAUGUUCACAAUCACAUUGUACCGUAUAAGCAGGCUAAAAUGUUGCUAAUUAGCACUAACCACAGCUGAGGUAUAACACAGGCUGAUGUUAUGUUGAAUGCUGAAUGUUAUCAGUUUUGCAGGUAUUUGGUCAAAAAUCUACUGUAGUACUGGAUCAAUUAGAAAAACACUAAGGGGAUCAUCAAAGUCAUUAGGAUUCAUCAUCUGGGGAACAUGAAUGUCUGUGCCAAAUUUCAAUCCAAAAGUUUUUUGCCCCUCGGAGACUCAAAUUUAAUUAGUUUCUCAAAGUCAGAAAUGAAGAGUUUGUCCCAACCAAAGCACAGCUCUGAAAUAACGUGGAAAAGAUCCAACCUGCACCCAUGGUUCUGGGAAAUUACUGUGCUGUUUAUUGUCAAUGGAGCAGAUCUGGGUUAUAUAUACAUGUCUUGAUAACCUCAUAGGCAAUAACUAGAAUGUUCCUCAUCACGUUAAGCUCUUGAGUUUAGGUUUCUCAGCCACAUUGUAAGAUGGUCGCUUCUUUAUUUUUACCUCUUUAGAAAUUAAACUUCCAUUCUCUCAUCUGCUGCUGCUGCUGCUUUCCGUAAUAUCCCCUGCUACAAUACAAACUGUGUAUUUCUAGCAGUGGGUUCAGCACUCCCACUCUUGUUUAUAAGUAGUUUUUGUGGACGGACCACAUUGGUUUCUCCUCAGCACUUUACUGCAGUGAACAUAGUGUUUUUAAUUGGAGCCAAACAUUCAUGUUUUCAAAUGGAAAGAUUUUGAAGUGUAGACGUUGUAUCCUGUUUGAUUUCCUCAUCAUUCUGCUCUUCCCUUUUGAGACCCCCCCCCCCCCCCCCACACACACACACACACACGCACACACACACCACAUAUUUCUCUAUCAGCACCCAUCAGACCGCAUACACAUACACCAGCAGCCAUCGAAAUGUUCACUUCCUGAAUCUGAACCUGAACCACAUAGCUGUAGGUCUUUGAGGAAAAACAUGCGUUGUCCCUCCACACACAGUUUUACCCACUUCCCUGCCCCAAUUCCUAUUUUUGUAAAUGUCAAAGUUUAUUACCACCUUAAAAAAAUCUUGUGAAGUCUUCUGAAGAAGUUCUCUGUAAAAUGAUGCAAUGCAAUUUCUUCUUAACUCACUCAGCAAAAACGCUGAAUAAAUGUUUUUGUGUUGUUUUUGAAGCA